AUGGCCGUAGUCGCGUGGCGUGAAGGAACCGCGCAGACGACAACUGCUUCGGAAAUAACUGCAAGUAAAGCAACUAGUACCAAUGCAAAUGCUGGUGUUGCAUCGAUUCCAGUCGAAUGUGCUGUCUGUGGUGACAAAAGCAGCGGAAAGCACUAUGGCGUUUUCACCUGUGAGGGAUGUAAGUCGUUCUUUAAACGCAGUGUACGACGGAAUCUUACUUAUACCUGUCGUGGUUCGCGAGCCUGUCCUAUAGACCAGCAUCAUCGCAACCAAUGUCAGUUCUGUCGCUUGAAAAAAUGCUUGAAAGUCGGCAUGCGACGGGAAGCUGUACAGCGUGGUCGCCUUCCCACAUCCCAAGUGCCAGCUCUCCCUCAAGCGCAGACAAACAAUGGCGAAGGGAAUGGAGGUUCAUUGAUAUCUGGCUAUAUAACCCUGUUGUUACGUGCAGAGCCGUUCUCUACCGGGCGUUUUCAACAGGGGUUGAACAUGCCGUACGGCGUUGUGGGUAUAGAAAAUAUUUGUGAGAUUGCAGCGAGGUUAUUAUUUUCUGCUGUGGAAUGGGCUCGAAAUAUUCCCCUUUUCCCUGAUCUUGCUGUCACUGAUCAAGUUGCACUUCUUCGCUUGACCUGGAGUGAGUUGUUCGUGCUAAAUGCAGCACAAUGUCCCAUGCCUCUGAACAACCCAACUCUUCUGGCGACGGCUGGUGUCCAUGCCAACCAUAUGAAUUCUGACCGCAUGGUUUCCUUCAUGGAUAACAUUCGAGUGUUUACGGAUCAGAUUGAGAAGCUUAGGAAUAUCCACGUCGAUGCGGCGGAAUACUCGUGUUUGAAAGCAAUUGUACUUUUCACCUCAGAUAGAUGCCCCGGUCUAAGUGACCCGCAAUAUAUAGACAGCCUUCAAGAGAAGACGCAGUGUGCACUAGAGGAAUACUCCAAAGCUCAGUAUCCCAGUCAACCGACACGUUUUGGCAAAUUGCUACUUCGUCUACCGUCAUUGCGGACAAUAAAUUCUUCUGUUAUUGAACAACUGUUCUUUGUGAGAUUGGUGGGAAAGACGCCAAUCGAGACACUACUCAGAGACAUGCUGUUCUCGGGUACACCGACUACAUGGCCAUGAGAGUCGUGAGGUAUAGCUAAAGACAUCCCAAUAUGAGACAUUAUGAAGGUGAAUGAUACAAUGGAAGAAUAUAAGAAAAUCAAAAUUUCAUUUUGUGUGUGUUCGUAAAGUGGUGUUUGCUAUAUGUAAUGUACAAGCAAGUGCGCAUCAACAACUUUUAUUAAUUCCUGCUUAUUUUAUGGUUGAAUAACGCACCUGUAAACUUUUGCUUUUAAACAUCUCAAAUGCUUUUCGUCCGUAUUCUAAAAGCUCGCUCACUUCGGCUUUAAAAUCACCUCCUAAUCAUUCGAAGGCGGCAUUUUCACUCCAUUGAUUGCUUGAUUUGAAGUAUUUUAGUUAAAACCUUGCCAUUGAAGGAGGAAGGACUUUGUCAUUAAUAAGUGGGUGCGCAGUUUUAUAAAGCACUCGUUGAGUGCGAGCGAGCUUUUAGAAUAUGGGUGUUUGUUUGACUUUUUCAUUUCUGCUGUUGUCCAACUAAAAUUCAUGUGGUUUUAAAAAUUGUUCGAUGUGCCAUUGUUUGAUUUUUGUCUUUGUAUUUUAUACAAUUCCAUGUUUUGUGACGUUAUGUGUUAAGAACUAUUAGUCCUAGAUAGAAAGACUCUUAAACAUUUUGUAUAAAUAUAAUCUAAAAGAGAUAGAGCUAUUCUAAAAAAUGAUUUUAAAUCAAAUCAACACGAACUGUGGAAAAAAUUUAGGCGGGCUAUCAAAAGGACUCUUUAUUACAAUCGAAAUAUAAAAAAUAUUUCUAAUUGUUAUCAAGCUUAAAAAGCUAACAUAAAUAGUACAAACAAAGUUAGUCGAUCGUUAUAAGGUAUUUUUUAUAUAUAUAUUUUUUUGUCAUAUUUAGACUAGACAAUCUGAUGUGCAACAUCAAAAUUUAUUGAAAAUCAAAGUUAUUUUGUCAAGAGUA